AUGGCUUCCAAAGCUCAAGCCAUUUUUGUUUCCUUCAAUAUCUUCUUCUUUGCCGUCACCACUGCAACUCAAUACCCUGCAGCUAUCCCCGGAUUCCUCACCACCGCCGGAGGCAACGUUGGCACCGGCGGAGGCAACGGCGGCGGAGGAGCAGGAGAAUGCCCGAGAGAUGUUUUGAAAUUGGGUGUAUGUUUAAAUUUACUAGGGGGAUUGGUGGGGGUCGAGGUGGGUUCUCCUCCGACAUUGCCAUGCUGCACCUUGCUCGCCGGAUUGACUGAUCUAGAGGUGGCGGCUUGCCUUUGCACCGCCAUCAGAGCCGACGCGCUGGGAAUUAAUCUGAAUAUUCCGGUCGAUCUUAGCCUCAUCUUCAAUGACUGUGGACGUGAAGUUCCAAAUGGCUUCACCUGCUAA